AUGUUCCCGACAAUCUGGUUUCCGCACCGUCAUGUGCGCCGGCUAACUUGUACUCUCCUCGUUUCAUCGAAAUCCAUCCUUCACAGCUUCUCUAAAGGGUUAAUUUUCCCGGCGCGCGGAUUUAGCGCUUCUGAUGGACCCACGGCCGUUAGAUCGGUCCCUGCUGGUUUGGCGGCAGCUAGAUCAACGGCUGCGAUUGGCGGAGGGGAUAGCGGGAAGAACGGCGGAGGAUCGGUUGCGCGAGCGUCGGUGCCGGUGGUGAUUGUGGGCGCGGGGCCGGUGGGGCUCUCCCUUUCCAUCAUGCUCUCGCGUUUAGGUGUUCGGAAUGUGGUGGGGGAGAAGGAGCAUGGGCUGCAGCAGCAGGAGCAAGGCAAGGGCGUUCCGAAUGUGGUGGUGGAGAGGGAGCAUGGGCUGCAGCAGCAUCCCGCAGUGGCUAGAAAGGUCACUCAUAGCUUGUGCUUCCCCCUCCUCCCCUCAUAUUCCCAUCCCCCUUUAACCAGGCGUUGGGAAUGUGGUGGUGGAGAGGGAGAAUGGGCUGCAGCAGCAUAUCAACUGCCGCCCUUUUCUCCCCUCCCCUUUCCUUCUCCUCCCCUCUUCCCAGGCGUUCGGAACGUGGUGGUGGAGAGGGAGCAUGGGCUGCAGCAGCACUCGCAAGGUUGUGCUUCCCUCCCCUCAUCUCAUCCGUGCAUAUUCUCAACUUCCUUCCUUUUACUAGGCGUUCGGAACGUGGUGGUGGAGAGGGAGCAUGGGCUGCAGCAGCAUCCCGCAGCGCAUCUUAUUAACAACAGAACCAUGGAGGUGUUUCCCCUCAUGCGCCCCCUUAACAAUCAACUAAUCUCUGUCUCACUUCCUUCCCUUCUUUCCUUCCAAACCUCCCUCCCCCAGAUUUUUUGCCUCAUGGGCCCUCUUUACAAUCACAUUACCAGUCAGCAGCCCCCUUUAGAGGAGUGGCGGUCGUUUGUGCACUGCACGCGCAUUCUGGGGCGGGAGCUGGGGUUUGAAAACAGGAUCAUGUUCGUUCCCCUCAUGGCCCUCUCAAUCACUUCACGAAUAUUUCGCCUCAUGGGCCCCCUUUACAAUCACAUCACAAGUCAGCAGCCCCCUUUAGAGGAGUGGCGGUCGUUUGUGCACUGCACGCACAUGCUGGGGCGGGAGCUGGGAAAGCAGGAUCACUUCAAAGGGCAGGAAGGCCACGUGAGAAUUCUCAAAAGCGACACAGUGACCAUCUGUCUCUUUCUCUUAAUCCCUUCUUCUACUGGCUCCCAGACCAUCCCCUUUAUAAGAUCAGCAUCGGAGAAGCCUAUAAGAAUUGACUGCUCAUACUUGAUUGGCUGUGAUGGCGCUAACAGCAGCAUCCGGGCGGCGAGUUUUGUCCCGGCUCAACCAUCCCAAAGACCAGACGAGUCAGGCGACGCAGCCAAUCAUAGCCGCGGAAAAGAAGAGGCCGAGCAGUUGUUCAUGCAGGGGCAGAGGGGGGGAGGGGAACUGCAUCAAGUGACAAUGCAGGGGCACAGGCAGCUGCAGCGGGUGCUGUCGGUGCAUUUCUCCUCACGCCCACUCGGGUUGAGGCUGCUGGCGCUGCCCCGCCCAGCGAUGCUCUAUUUCGUGUACAACACAGAGGGGGUCGGGGUGGUGGUGGCGCACUGCUUGAGAGAAGGAGAGUUUGUCGCCCAGGUGAGGGCACUGAGGCACUGUGGAAAGGGUGUGGUUGCGCUGGCUGCCCCGCCCCGCCAUGCUCUAUUUCGUGUACAACAGCGAGGGGGUCGGUGUGGUGGUGGCGCACUGCUUGAGAGAGGGAGAGUUUGUCGCGCAGGGGAGGGCGUGGGGGUGGGGGUGGCGCACUGCUUGAGGGAAGGGGAGUUUGUUGCCCAGAUUCCUCUCUACUCGGACGGCAAGAAUGUGCCAUCACAAGAGGGCUGUGAGCACAUGGUGCGAGCACAAGAAGAGGAUUCAUCCCUCAUGGUGCGAGCACAAGAAGAGGAUUCAUCCCUCAUGGUGCGAGCACAAGAAGAGGAUUCAUCCCUCAUGGUGCGAGCACAAGAAGAGGAUUCAUCCCUCAUGGUGCGAGCACAAGAAGAGGAUUCAUCCCUCAUGGUGCGAGCACAAGAAGAGGAUUCAUCCCUCAUGGUGCGAGCACAAGAAGAGGAUUCAUCCCUCAUGGUGCGAGCACAAGAAGAGGAUUCAUCCCUCAUGGUGCGAGCACAAGAAGAGGAUUCAUCCCUCAUGGUGCGAGCACAAGAAGAGGAUUCAUCCCUCAUGGUGCGAGCACAAGAAGAGGAUUCAUCCCUCAUGGUGCGAGCACAAGAAGAGGAUUCAUCCCUCAUGGUGCGAGCACAAGAAGAGGAUUCAUCCCUCAUGGUGCGAGCACAAGAAGAGGAUUCAUCCCUCAUGGUGCGAGCACAAGAAGAGGAUUCAUCCCUCAUGGUGCGAGCACAAGAAGAGGAUUCAUCCCUCAUGGUGCGAGCACAAGAAGAGGAUUCAUCCCUCAUGGUGCGAGCACAAGAAGAGGAUUCAUCCCUCAUGGUGCGAGCACAAGAAGAGGAUUCAUCCCUCCCCAUCGCCAUCUGCGUUGCCAAGCCCUGGAUCAUGGCCGCUCAAGUCGCCUCCCUCCCCUUGCCCCUCCACUCUUCUAACCGCUCCUUCCCCUCUCACCUAUCAAUAGCACUCCGUGGAUCACAGUGGCUCAUGUCGCCUCCCUCCUUAUCCCCUCCCACCCUGCUCACUCGUUUACAGGACUGUGAGCGCAAGGUGCGGGCGUUGAUAGGGGAUUCUUCCAUCCCCAUCGCCAUCCGCUCUGUCAAGCCCUGGAUCAUGGCUGCUCAAGUCGCCUCUCACUACCUCGCUGCACCGCCGCCGACCACUUCACACCGCCCAGCACCAGCACUGCUUGCGGCUUCGUCCCACGUCGCCUCACAAAACCUCUCCACACCACCACCAACCGCUUCGCAUCACCCGACACCUUCGCACCACCCCGCACCAGCACUGGGCAGUGAGGGGCAUAACACUGGGGAGGGGUACGACUUAUACGACUCAUAUGAGCCGCGUGUCAUCCUAGUCGGGGAUGCAGCCCACCGCUUUCCCCCGGCUGGUGGCUUUGGCAUGAACACGGGCAUUCAGGACGCGCACAACCUCGCAUGGAAGCUCGCAGCUCUGCUCCAAGGCACCGCCUCCCCCGCCCUGCUCGCCUCCUACGAGGCAGAGAGGCGCCCAGUGGCCGUGGAAAAUACCCAUUUGAGUGUCAGCAACUUCGAGUCUGCUCUGGCUGUCCCCAGAGCCCUGAGUCUGGAACCCAACGCUGCCAGCCUUUUCUCAGCUGCCCUUACCUCUUCAACAGCCAAUCGGUUCCUGCCACGUCAGCUCCAGGCGACCCUCAUAGAGGCUGGGCUAGCAGCAGGCCGACAGCUGCUGCUCUCUGAUUGGCUGCUGAACCCAGCAAAUCCAGUGGGGAAGGAACGGUUGGCAGCGGUGCAGAGGAGUUUGGAGGAGGGGAAGAGCCUGCAGCUGCUGUUCCCACAGCACGACCUGGGAUUCAGGUACAAGGGCGCUCUGUCUCUUUCCCCCUCAGACGCCCGUGAAGCAGCAGCAUAUGACUCCCACGCACACACAGCCACCUCCACCUCCUUCACUCCCUCCACUCUCCCUGGUGCCCGCCUGCCACACCGCACGCUCACCCUGCUGCUUCCGCGUUCUGGCUCGAAGGGCAACCCACCCCAGCUCAACUUUGAAACUGCCGCGUUUCCCUUCACUCCCUCCACUCUCCCGGAAGGAGGAGGAAGGGAGGGCAGCAGCAAGGGCCCUUCCAUUUCCUCCAUCGACCUCUCUCCUCUCGGCUCCAUCACCCCCACUCUCCUCCUCCCUCUCGGCCCCCACACUCCCCUCUGGCUCGCCACCUCCCUCCACGCACACUCCCUCACUCGCCUUCCCCUCCGCCUCGCCCUUCUCGCCCCCCACCCCUCCUCCUUCUCCCCUCUCCCUUCCCUCCUUGCCCCUCUCGGCCUCUGCAUAGAGCCUGCUAGCAUGGAAGGGGGUGGUGGUAACCGUGUAACAGGGAAGGGAGCCAGUGCAAGUGGAUUAAGUGAGUGCAGGGGUGAAGCAACGGGCAUGGGAAGGGCCGCUAACACAGCAGGAGGGAAGGGAGAGUGGUUGGCGUGGCUGGCAGGGGUGGGGGAUUUGGGUGCUGUUCUUGUGAGGCCUGAUGGGCAUGUGGCAUGGCGAAUGAUGCACCCACCUGCUGCUGAAACUGGCAGUGGUGCUGAUGGGUUUGGCAGCGGUGGUAAUGGAACUGGCAGUGGUGCUGUUGGGAAUGGCACUGGUGCUGAUGGGAUUGGCAGCGGUGCUGCCGAAUCUUGUGGUGGCAUGCUGUCACACGAGACCAUGUCAGAAGCUGCUGGUGCCAUAGCAAGAGCGUUGCGAUGUGUAUUUGGAUGGGAGGACUAG